AUGUGGCGAAUAAAAAACUAACAAAAUAAUAGUAUUAAAUACAUACAUAUGGUUCUCUUGUUAGUCGUUUAGCCGAGCUUCUUUUUCGAUUUGUGUUGCGCGCUUUGCUGGUUUUGGGAUAAUCUUAUAAGAGAAAUAAGCACAGCGGGCUUACCUUAACAUAUAGAGGGCAACUGCCUUUAGGAAAAACAUUCCUUCCGUCUUUUCCUUACUGGUUAAUAUCAUCUAUGCUAGGUACUUAGUCGAGCUGUCGAGCUUAUAGUUUUGUAAUAUUUAAGAUAUUUUGACAAGUCAUGGGUCCCAGUAAUUAGAUAAUCAGAACUCCCAGUAAUGCUCGAAAAGUAAUAUAUGUAUGAUCAAGGAAUUAGAUAUUCUGGGUUUUCAUAGAAUUCAAUCUGUUCACCUUUACUAAAAUAAAAUUUAGGUACGCCAGAAGUAACCUAAAUUUUUAACCCCCGGAGGUAUACGGAUUAUUUGGCGCUAAAUGGUAUAACCUAUACAGAACUAUAUGGGAUGUGUAUGGAAAUGUAUAGUCAGAUGUCUUAUGUGUUUUAUGAACCGAAUAACAUGCUCGAUAUCUCUGUUAUAGAAUCCAACAUCUCGACCCGGCAAGCAGGAUUUGUUAUAUAAACUAAUUUAAGAACAACGUUCUCGCCUAGAUUUUCCCAUGUACUGCGUUGGUUGUUCCAAAUAAAUGGUUUUUCAAUAGGACGCUAAAAAACGCUAAUUACGCCAUAUUCUCUUCAAAAAUGUUUGUCAUUUCAUCAUGGAAAAAUAUAAGAUCGAACAAUGAGUCGAAAUUAUUAAAAUAUGCUACCGAAAUUCGGAGUCAGUGGUCACUUUAAGAGUGCUAAGUCUAAUUCAUGAUCGCCAUAAUCGUCCUGUCAGAUCAACAAUUGAGCGUCUAGUGAAAAAAUUUGAAUUCACAGCCACAGUACAAAAGCUUCCUGCUCCAGUGAGACAAAGAAGUAGCCGUAGUGUCAUUGCUGCCGCUAGCGAAUAAAUUGAGGAAGACCCAAAUCAGUCUCCCACACGUCGUUCGUUGUGGCGAAUUAAUUGCUGCAGUAUCGGCCGAUUUAUGCUUGAAAACCGUCGAAAACUAGGUUCAGCGUCUGGACUUCUGCAAGCGUGCCCGUGGUGGCCAUGCAAAAGAAAUCGAGUUCCAUAAAUAAUGGCAUCGAAUGCACUUUCACAAGAAUUUUUGUAGCGCUCUUAUUAAAAAAUCAUUUAUAAUUUCAGUGGGUAAUUGGAGUUGGAGAUUUUUAUUUGACUGGUUUGGAUGGCAUAUAUUGGAACACAAUAUUCUUUACUUGCUAUUAUUCCAACGGUUCUAGUGCUGCUGUUAUCAAAUCGAAUGAACUUUAGAAUCCUUUUAUAGGGCUGGCUGAUUGUUUGACCCGAAUAUGCCGGCAAACAAAGUGAAGCGAACAAAUUCAUAUAUUUCGUUUUCUGUCGCAGGUUUACUUCUAAUUAAUACUGAUGGCUUCAAGGCUAACGGGGAUAGCUGCAGCGCCUUCGUAAAAACCUUCCAACCCCUCGUCAUAGAGACUAUCCGUUUAAAUAGCUAAGUCUGUUUCGAUUUUCAUACUUUAAAUCGUGAUUUUAAAUGAUUUUUUGGUCGGCAAAAAUCCCCCGCUGAACCCUCCGCGAGGGUGCCGGCUGGUAAUAGUUACCACAGUGCCGCAACUGAGUUGUGGGGUAUCUAGCUAAGGUACGAGUCCAUUAUUGAGUGUUUGUUGCUUUUCAAUAGCACAGCAUUCGGUGAUGUAGUCGUAUCAUGGUUGGGGGUAAAACCAAGGGCUGGAUCAAGGUGUCAUGCGACCCGUGCCGAGGAUCAACCUGGCUGGGGGCCCUUAAAUAGCCCAGUCUUGAACGGAGCUUACGGAUACCUGGCGCCCUCCGUAAUAAGAAAGCCUUGCUUGCGUAGCGGGGGCUAUGCGCAAGUGGACAUAGAUUCCCCUACACUCGUGGGUCCAAAUAUGAGCACAACAGAAGAAACUAAAGAAAAACCAAGGGAGUCCGGUUCUCCCUCAAUAAAGCCGGCAGGAACAGAUUGUUCCGAAAAGAGAGCAAUUAGCACGAAGACAGUGGCUAAGCCUGGUCUGAAUGCUAAGGUUGACACCAAGGUUGACACCAGGGCUGGAACUUCAGCUAAGCCAAGUUCCAGCAAAACAACAACAACAAAGGCAGCCGGAGCCAGGCCUACCAACCGGAGGCAGAAGGCAAAGGAAGAUGCCAAGUGUGUAGUUGCUGGUGUGUCAACCAGAGAAUGGCCUACCUUUAAGGUGGAAGAUCCAUCAAAAGCGAAGUAUGCGGAAAGGAAACGCGCUGCAUACAUCUUACGAAGAGCGCACCGGUACCCACCAACAAAGGAGGAGCUCACAAAAGAGCUCCAGGAAACCUUGGAGUGUGCUAAAGCGGUGUUACCCAACUUUAGCAUGGAACCGCCAGUUGUCGCUACUAAAAGGCAAAAGUCAGCUGAAGAGGCUAAGCCGUCAGCUAAGCGGCCUAAAACAAGGGGUGAGUUGCCCAAUAGAUCCUUUGCGGAAGUGGCCCGGAACCGCAUCAUCAUUGGUGUUCUGGAUGAGGGAGACCCCGAAGGAAAAAUCCCCAGAACCCAAUGGAAAUGGGUACAGGCUGCGCUGGCUAACGUGGCUCUGGAAGUGCUAUUAAGCAAUCCAGGCCCGCCGCCGUCAUGCACAGAUGCUGGAUGGUACCAGGGUCAGAUCAAGCUAGUAGCUUGUGAUGACGAAAGGUCGGUCCAGCUAUAUAAGGCCGCUAUAGCGAAGGUGGGAGAGGUGUAUCCCGGAGCCAAGCUAAUAGCCGUCGACAAAAAAGACAUUUCGUCCAGGCCGAGGGCAAGAGUUUGGAUACCGGCUACACCAUCCCAGCCGGAACAGAUCAUGCAGCUGAUCAAAGCUUGCAACCCAAACCUACCAACGGAGGGUUGGAAAUUUGUGAAAGCUUUCGAAGAAGCAACAACUGAAUCAGGCGUGGAGACCAAAAGGGCCACGAUGCAGAUUCUGUUGUUGCUAACUAACGACUCAAUAGAACCGCUGAAGAGAAGUGGCGGUGAAAUUAAUUAUGGCUUCACUAAAGUCAAAGUGAAGACCUACAAAGCAGAUGCCGGCGCUAUCGACCAUCUUACCUCGGAUAACGAGAUGGGUGAGGUAGAGGAAGAUCCAAUGGAGUCCUCGAGCGAUAUCGAUAGCCUCGAACAAGGUGAGUGCUCCUCAGAGUCUGAACUAGCGGGCAGGCUCUCAAAUUUAUAUACCGAGAAAGAGCUUUUAAGCGAUUCUCUAGAUGAUGUAGAUGUAACCAUAACUAAUGCAUCUCUUACAAAUAAAUCUUCACCAUAGCAAACUAGCGUCAGUAGCUCUAAUUAACCGCAUGGCAACAGAUCAGCCUGACUUUGUCCUCAUUCAGGAGCCAUGGGUUAAUGGAGGGCGGAUUUGCGGUCUGAGGACGCCGAAUUACAAGUUAUACGUGUCACACUGCGAAGUGACAAGGACACCACGGCAGUAAGCUGGGAGACGCGCAGAGGUAAUUACCGGCUAGUCUCUUGCUACAUGCCAUACGAUGAGGAGCAGGUGCCAUCUCUGCUUAUAAAAAGGUUGGUACUCGAUAGCGAAGCGUCCAAGAGGCCAUUAAUACUUGGAUGUGACUCAAACGCCCAUCAUUCACUGUGGGGCAGCUCUGAUACCAACGUAAGAGGUGAGUUGCUCUUUAAUUAUUUAGUAGGUACGAAACUAUUGUUGAGCAAUAGAGGCAACGCGCCAACCUUCAUCACUAGAAACCGACAAGAAGUAUUGGACAUUACACUUGUGUCGGAAGAGCUGAUAGAUAGGGUAAUACGAUGGAGGGUUCUAGAAGAACACUCCUUUUCCGAUCAUCGGUAUAUUGAUUUUGUACUGAGUGAAAAAGUAGACCAUGAGAACAAAUACAGGAAUCAUAGGAAAACAAACUGGCUAGUGCACAUGCAAGAGCUAAAAAAGAACAUUCCUACGUUUCCUCCAUUCCAACCUAAGUACAAAGAGGACUUAGACACUUUAGUUGAACGAUUCACGGAAUCUUAUCAGCAAGCUUUGGCAAUGUCAUGUCCACUUACUCGCAGUAAGGGAAGAAUUAGGCCACAAUGGUGGUCCCCCGAGCUUAAGAAAUCUCAGAAGGAUUGCAGGAAGCAAUUCAAUGUAGCAAAACUAUCCCAAGAACAACAGGAAUGGGACCGCUACCACAGCCUUCUGAGGUCAUACAAAAAGGAAAUCAGGAAAUCUAAACGUAAUUCGUGGAAAUCCUUCUGUGAAGAAAUCGAGACCACGGCAGAAGCGUCUCGGCUAAGAAAAGUAAUAGCGAAAUCUGCACAUAAUAUUGGGUACCUUCAGAAGCCGGACCAAAGCUGGACGGAAUCCAGUGAGGAAACCCUAAAAUUACUGAUGGAUACUCACUUCCCGGGCAGCUCAGAUAGCUUCUCCGCGGAAUAUACAUUUGAUACUGAAAUUGAGCCAGAUCCUAAUAUGGCCGACUUAAUAUCAGAGGACAAGAUAAGAUGGGCUGUUAAUAGCUUCAAGCCUUUUAAAUCACCGGGACCCGACGGCAUAUUCCCGGCUCAACUACAAAAAUCGAUAAGCUACGUAAUGGAUUGGUUAACAACCAUUCUCGAAGGGACUCUCCGAUUGAACUUUAUUCCUUCUCUAUGGAGGAAAGUGAAGGUAAUAUACAUACCUAAAGCGGGCAAAAGCUCUCACAGCAGUCCAAAGGACUUUAGACCAAUCAGUCUCUCCUCAUUUCUACUGAAAACGUUGGAAAGACUAAUAGAAAUUAACAUAAGAAGCAGACUACCUCCAGAAAGGUUAGCAGUUUCACAACAUGCGUACUCCAAAGGAAAAUCCACGGAAACAGCUUUAAAUUCUGUGGUGACAGAGAUUGAA